AUCAUAUAAUUGGAAUGACAGUUCGCUAGUGUUACGAAUACACGCGCGCGCGCGCGCGCUUAUUUUACGCUCCCGUAUCUCGGGCCUGUCUUCAGUCUCGGCCCGAUACGAGAAGCGACAGCUAGUUAACACAGAUAGAUAGAUCAGUGUAGGCAUUUCUUUCUUUUUUUUUACGACGAGAUAUCAUGAACAACGGCGAGGAAUUGAAGACGAUCGAGUUGCGCGAGCUGCAGCCGAUACUUAGCCGCACAUUUGGCGAUCAGCUGAUCGUGGUCCGUUAUACUACCAAGAGCCUGUUGCAGCCCGGCGAGAAUUACGGGAGUACCAUCUUUGACGUUCACGCCGUGAUCAGGCGUAAUGACGAGGCGGAGGAGGAGGAUCUUUACUUGGUGGCGAAGAUGCCGCCGCCGACGCAAUUUCAACGAAAAAUCUUCGACAGUCCGCAUUCGUUCAGAAAGGAGAUCUUCAUGUACGAAAUCAUCUUGCCUCAUUACAAACAGCUGGAACGUGACUCCGGUUUGAAGGAGGACGAACUGUUCGACAUACUGCCUAAGUACUAUCAAUCCCGAUUGUCGCUGAAUCCGGACGUCGAUUUCGACGAUAAUGCCGUUAUUCUAAUGGAGAAUUUGAAAAAGCGCGGCUAUUACAUCUGCGACAGAGCUAAAGGAUGUGACUUCGAGCAUACGAAAGUCGCUAUACGAGCAAUGGCGAGAUUUCACGCCCUAGGAAUGGCCGUCAAGUACAAGCAACCAAAAUACUUUGAAGUGCUAAAGCAACGUAGCAAGUGCAUAAAGUUGGAAACCGAGGAUUUCGUGCACUUGCAGAACGACAUGCUGAAGAGGAUAGCGGAGGAUCCAGAAAUAGGCGUUCACAUCGAUCGAUGCAACGCGGCGAUGACUAACUCGUUGAAACACGGUAUGUGGAACGCUUUGCCCGACGAGCCUUGGUCCACCAUCAUCCACGCGGACUUCUGGGUGAACAACAUCAUGUUCCAUCGCGACGAGAACGGCCGAGUGGACGACGUCAAGUUCGUCGACUUUCAGAAUUAUCUCUUCUUCAGUCCGCUACGCGAGAUGGUCUUCUAUCUGUUCUCCAGCACGCAAGCGAGCGACGAUCGCAUUGAAGAGCUGAUGGAUCUAUAUCACGAGACAUUCGUGGCCAUCCUGGUCCGAAUUGGUUGCGACACCGAGUCGUUCACGAGGGAGAAGUUCGACGCUAAGCUAGCGACCGACGCCAAGUUCGAAUUUAUGCAUUUAAUCUUCAUGCUCAAGAUACUCACGUUGAAUGUGCAGGAGGAGGAAUUCAGCACAAAGGAUAUGAGGAAUUUUAUGUUGUCCUAUCAAGGCAACCAAGCGUUCGUCCAACGGCAGCGUAAAGUUAUAUCGUAUUUUGUUCAACGCGAUUGGAUUUAGGCUGUAAUACAAUGGGAAAAAGGCUCCCUAGAAUAUGUUAAAUUAUAUAUUAUAUAUUUAAUUAUUAUAUACAUUGUAUAUUAUUAUACACAUACAUAAUUAUUUAUCACGCACGGUAACAUAAUGCGACUGAUUACGUUACCGCACACGUUUAUUUGACUCUCUAUCUCUUCCUAUGUAUUAUGAUAAGAAUAAUAAAGAGAUGACAUAAAUUUUACAGGAAAAGGAGAUAGAGAUAUAUGAUGUAACAAGUUUGAGAUAUAUAAAAUAUAUUUUUAUAC